AUUCCUUCUCUAUCAUAUCCCUAGAAUCAAAUCCACAAAGCCAACUCCCCUAUACUUUCUUUCAUUCACUUCCAAUGGGGGAGCCAUGCCAAAAAUAUUGGUUUUCUGAUAUGGAAAUACAAGAUAUUGAUUUCUUUAAUCAAAGCCACAACCACAAGAUUGAGUCACUUGAUCAUGAUGAGGAUCAGAUCUUUCGAGAGAUCAUGCAUCAGCCAGUUUUCUCUUCAGACAUCGAUACUCACUUGCCCAGCAAAAUUCAAAGUAAAUCAAUCCACGGUGGUGUUAGUAGUGGUUAUAAUACUUACACAGUCCUCGCCAACAACAAGAGUAAUAAUAGCAACCUUGCGAUGAAGAGCAACACCUCCAACUUCAUCUUCUCAUCACAAUUACAUGCACCACCAGAGAAAUUACCUGCCACAGCCAGUACUUCUCCAACCGCAUACAUUCUUUCUUUUGAUGACUCCACCGUAGUUGCGGCUACGCGCCAAAACUACGGUGAAAAACAGCCCUACCACCAGGAAGUGGUGCUAGGGAGUGGUGGCGCAUGUCUUCCCUCAAAAGGGGUCUCAGAAGGACACGACUUUGAACCUAAGGCCAAGCCAACAACAAAGAGAAGUAGAAGCUCUGCGGAGACCCUAGUCCAUAUAAUGACAGAGAGAAAGAGAAGACGGGAACUCACAGAGAGAUUCAUUGCACUUUCAGCCACCAUACCUGGCUUAAAGAAGAUUGACAAGGCCACUAUACUUAGUGAAGCAAUCACUCAUGUGAAAAGACUUAAAGAACGUGUAAGGGAGCUAGAAGAACAACGUAAGAAGACAAGGGUAGAGUCAGUGUCAUUUGUUCAUCAGAGAUCCCACAUUGCAACUGUCAAAGGCACCACCUCUGGUGCAAUGAACUCUGAUGAAUGCUGUAGAACCAACGAAGCACUCCCUACAGUGGAAGCAAGAGUGUUUAAAAAAGAUGUACUCCUCCGGAUUCACUGCAAGAUACAAAGUGGCAUUUUGAUCAAAAUUUUGGACCAUCUUAAUAGUCUUGAUCUCUCCACAAUCAGCAACAGUGUAAUGCCAUUUGGAAGUUCAACUCUAGACAUCAGCAUUAUUGCUCAGAUGGGUGACAACUUCAACGUAACAACAAUGAACGAUCUAGUGAAAAAUCUGAGAAUGACUCUCUCGCAGUCAUCUGAAGUACAAGUACAACAAUGAUCAAUACUAGUGAAUCAAUUAAUUAUCAAAGGUGUUUGAAGAUCCGAAAAUUCUGCAAGUUCUAGCUCUCCGUGUGGAUGUGAUAUUGGCUUUGGAAUUAGGUUACUGUCUUGUUAUUCAUCAGGGAGAAUCUACUAUAUAUAGAUGAUAGCUCAGUUUUCACUUUUCAGUAUUAGAGCAUCUAGCCCGAACUUGCAAGAUAGCUAGGUUUGUUGCCCUCAGUUUGGUAAACUUAAUGUCCUCCCAAGUUAUUUGUGGAAUAAAGAACAACCUGGCACCCUCCUCUCGAUGUACUGGCUGAUGAUGCUUUAUAAAUUAUAAUUAAUAUAAUUUGCAUAUUGUGACGACAAAA